AUGGACACGCCAUCGUCUGAGAUAUGCCCUAGCAUUCUCGAUGGGGAGUUCUCUCUGGUGCUUGACAAUGUCCAAAGCAAGAUUCCCGUCAAUCAAGAGGACCUGGAGCAUCUAAAAGACCAAAGAGAUUUGUUCCUUACGGAACAGGCUUCUUCCGCUCGACAGCCUGUCGGUUCAGAAGUCGAGUUAGCUUUGAUAUUUCUUCAAUAUCUCGUAUACAACAGUCAUUCCUCGUCCUCCAUUCGUUCAUUUCUCCAAGGCUUCGAGAACAAGUUCCUUAUUCAAUCCGAACCACAUCGUUUAAUGAAUUCGUCAAGGAUUUCACCACAAUCUCGGAAUUCCCUGCUCAACAUUUAUUACAAUGCCGUUUCUCUCGUUCGAGCGGAAUCCAUCAAUAUUCUACCAAGCGCCUUGUUGGAAGCUGCCAACAUUGGACAGGCUCAUCUGUAUGCAAUCUUUGGUGGACAGGGAACAGCAAAUGCGACAAGUUUUAAGGAACUUAGUGAUCUUUACACUACAUACACACCCCUCCUUAGAGACCUCAUUGAUACCAUAGCCCCGGUGUUGAGCCGUUUGUCACGUCUACCUGAAACACGCGAGCAUUACUGUGGCCGUUACUUAGACUUACAGACAUGGCUCCGAGAUCCCGCCGCAAUUCCAAAUACCGAGUUCAUCUCAGCGGUGACAGUUAGUUGCCCAAUUAUUGGGGUUCUAGGUCUAGCUCACUAUUGCGUUGCGUGCAAAGUUGUUGGCAAAACACCUGGUGAGCUUCGGGGCUUGUUGCAAGGUACUACUGGCCAUUCACAGGGUAUUGUCGUUGCCACAGCCAUAGCCAUUGCAGACACAUGGGAGUCAUUCUACAGUACUGCACUGAUGGCUGCCGAGGCCCUCUUCUGGAUCGGGUUUGAAUGCCAUCAGGCAUCUCCGCGGUCAUCUGUGUCGCCUCUCAUGAUCAAAGAGAGCAUCAGCAACGGCCAAGGUCAACCUUCAUGCAUGUUGAGUGUUGUCGGACUAGAAAAACAUCGUCUGGACAAGAUUCUCUCCACGUUCAAUAAGACGCUGCCACCAACUACUCAAGUAGAUGUGGCUCUAACCAACACCCGUGAUAACUUCGUCAUCGGUGGUCCUGCGCAUUCUCUCGUGUUCCUCGCCAGAUAUCUACAAUCGAUUAAAGUCGACCAUGAGAUGGGGCAAAACCGCAUCCCGUACAGUAAGCGGAAACCAACAAUCCAAUGCCAGUUUCUUCCAAUAAGCGUUCCAUUUCACACCAAAUACCUCUGCACAGCAGCCACGAACGUUAAGGAACGUUUGAAAUCUUUGAACAUUACUCCUAGGAUGCUCAAGAUUCCUGUGUAUGACAACAGGAAUAGUAACGACCUGCGUUACCACGCCCCUGAAACAAAUGUGCUCGAUGAGCUGGUUGAUGCCAUUUGCUCACAGGCUUGCAAUUGGCCAGCUGCCCUGGAGCCCUCAACUGCUUCACACAUUAUCACCUUUGGAAGUGGGGGUGUGCCAGACUUGGUGAUGAAACUUGUCGAUGGGAAAGGGGUCAGAGUUAUUAGCGGAAGCGAGUUUGAGACGAGAGACCCAGAAAUCGGCACGAAACUGGACUUGUUCUCGCCGUUGCUCUUGGCCACAUCCACCAAAGUCGAAAGCUGGGCAGAGAAAUACCAGCCUCGUCUCACACAGUCUGCAUCGGGAGAAGUGCGAUUGGAGACGAAACUUAGUAAAUUAAUAGGAACUCCACCAGUCUUCGUUGCUGGCAUGACGCCUACAACCGUCCAUUGGGACUUUGUAUCUGCGAUCAUGAACGCUGGAUAUCACACCGAGCUCGCCAGCGGUGGCUAUUACAACGCCGAGGAAAUGUCAGCUGCCAUUGAAAAGGUCAAAAGCAGCGUGCCUGUGGGAAGAGGUAUUACAUGCAAUUUGAUAUAUUCUAGCCCCCAGGCGAUGACCUGGCAAAUUGCCAUGCUUCGUCGGUUAGCCCAACAAGGUGUUGCCGUGGACGGUCUAACUAUUGGCGCCGGUGUGCCCUCACAAGAGAUCAUGAACGAUUAUAUUACCAGUCUCGGUCUAAAACAUAUCUCUCUCAAGCCUGGGUCAGUCCCUGCUAUCCGAGAAGUAAUCGAAAUUGCUAAAGCGCAACCACAUUUUCCCAUUAUCCUACAGUGGACUGGUGGCCGUGGUGGGGGGCAUCACUCCUAUGAAGACUUCCAUGCCCCAAUUCUUCGCACGUACUCUAGCAUUCGCAGAUGCUCGAAUAUUACCUUGGUAGCUGGAAGCGGUUUCGGCAGUUAUGAAGACUCAUAUCCAUAUAUCUCUGGUAGCUGGUCUACUCGUCUGGGAUACCCUGCUAUGCCAUUUGAUGGUGUGCUUCUCGGAAGUCGUAUGAUGAUUGCCCGCGAGGCCCAUACGUCCCCCGCAGUGAAGAAGUUGAUUAUAGAAGCCCCCGGAGUCAAUGAAGCAGACUGGGAGAAAACAUAUGAUGGUUCUGCGGGUGGUGUCGUCACUGUUAUUUCUGAAAUGGGUCAACCAAUUCAUAAAUUAGCCACACGAGGCGUUCUCUUCUGGCACGAGCUUGAUAAGACAAUCUUCAGUCUUCCUCGCAAGAGUCGUGUCGAGGCUCUUCUGAAGAAAAAGCAAUACAUCAUCAAGAGAUUGAAUGCAGACUUUGCUAAGCCUUGGUUUGGUCAGAACUCUGAUGGCGAAGCCGUCGAUCUCGAAGAGAUGACAUAUAUUGAAGUCCUGCGGCGUUUGGUGUCACUCAUGCAUGUUAGCCACCAGGACCGCUGGAUUUCCCCUUCAUACACCCAGUUGGUAAUAGACUUCGUUACUCGUACGUUGGAGAGACUACCAAGCAUGGAAGAAAUUGAUAUUUCUGUCCAUGCCUUGCAAGACCCUCACCAUUUCAUCGAAGAUUUCACUCGAUGCUGCCCGCAAGCAACUACGAAGUUGACCAACCCUGAAGACAUCACCUACUUCAUUCUCAGAUGCAAAUCGCGCGGACAGAAGCCGGUAAACUUUAUUCCAUGCAUUGAUGACGACUUCGAAACUUUCUUUAAGAAAGACUCUCUUUGGCAAUCAGAAGAUAUUGAAGCCGUUAUCGGUCAGGAUGCCGGCCGGUGUUGCAUUCUUCACGGACCCGUCGCAGCCCAGUACUGCAAGACUGAUGAUGAGUCUGCAAAGGAUAUACUAGACAAAAUACACAAUGGGCUCAUUGAAAAAGUCCGACAUGACUUCUACCCGGGGGGAUUGACAACUCAGUCGGAGAAUGCCAGCCUCUCCUCCGAGGGUUGGUACGUGGCUACUCCAGAGUCAGACUUCCGGGGCGAAACCUUGACCCCAGUGGACAGUAUUGCUGGGGACACAGAAGGUCUGAUGCUCUCUACUGUUUUCAUUCUGGCGAAAAUGGGCAAUCCAUGGAUCCGGUCUUUGUUUAUGGAUGAGUACAUUCUCCACGGUACAGAUCGCAAAGUCAACCCAUUCCGGCGACUUAUCCAGCGUGGUUCUAGGGGUACUGUUGACGUCGACUCUGAAUCCUCAAUAAUUACCUUUAGUAUCGAGAAUGAGGACAGCUCAGGAAGCAAGUCUGUCAUUAAAAUUACAUGCAACAACGACAAAGAUAUCUCGGUUGAGUUAAGCUUGCCUAGCGCUCACAGCAACGAGCCUGUUGUUUUGCCACUGAAAUUCCAGUACGACUCCACACUAAUUCCGUACGGGAUUAAAGAGGUUACUGCUGGGCAUGACAUUAUCAUGAAAUCAUUCUAUAGCAAGAUAUGGUUUGGAGAGGAUGUGAGUGAAUCGACGACCGAUAUCCGCUCCACAUUCUGGGGCCCGGAAUUGACGCUCACACCAAGACUACUUGAAGACAUUGUUGACACUACUGGGAGGACAUACCCCAACGGAAAAAAUAUUCUCGGUAGUUCUGAUGUCUUCCCUAUAAGUGUCGGCAUUAUUGGUGCAUGGGACGCUGUUGCAAAACCUAUCGUUCUCAAAACCAUUCCGGGAAAUCUACUCCGACUCGUCCAUCAAUCUAACACUUUUGAAUAUUUUACUGGCGCUCCAGCUCUCCGGGUUGGCGACGUUAUCAAAUCAAAGGGAAACGUUCGGGCUGUAUAUAUUGAGGAUGCUGGUAAACAUGUUACCGUUGAAGGGCACAUUAUCUGCUCUGAUCGCCCAGUUAUGAAGGUCACAUCCACCUUCCUUUUCAAGGGCGUGUUUAACGACUUCCAGUCAACAUUCAGUGAUACUGAAGAGCCGGAUAUGAUCCUAGAAGUAGCUUCGGAGCAAGAUGAGGCAGUUAUCAGGGAUCGUGAAUGGGUCCAUCUUGAUGACCCGUCGAUUCCUCUAGUGGGAAAAACGCUGCUAUUCAAGCUGCGGUCAGAAGUUACCUGGAAGAGCAAAACGAUAUUCGAAACUCUACAUGUAUCAGGAACAAUAUCCCGGAGAAAUAACCGAGGGGAGACCCAGAAGAUUGGUUGCGUGGAAUUCCAGCAUGGCGAAUGCAUAGGGAACCCUAUUGUUGAGUUCCUACAGCGCAAGGGAAGGAAAUAUGUAUCGAAGAUGGAUUUGGCAAGCCCAGGCUGGGCUGGAGUGUCCUCAGUAGAGGUCCAGAUGCCUAGUAACAACGAAAUGUACACACGUGUAUCCCGGGACUACAAUCCUAUUCACAUGUCAUCUGUUUACUCACACUGGGCCGAGCUUCCCGGCACUAUCAGCCAAGGAAUGUUUACUUCAGCCAUUGCAGUAAGUGCCGUGGAACAUUUAUCUUUGGAUGGUGAGCGACAGCGGUUACGAAGAUUCUCCGCUACAUUUACCGACAUGGUGCUUCCCGGGGACCGUCUUCUUGUCCGUCUAAAGCACGUCGGGGCUAUUGAUGGCCGUCUGGUAUUCAAAGUUUCUGCUUUCAAAGCAGGGAGCGAAGAUCUUGUAUUGGAAGCAGAGGCUGAGGUGGAACAACCCCAGUCUGUGUUUUUCUUUACAGGACAGGGGAGCCAGCUUCCUGGCAUGGGCAUGGAACUUUACAAGACCAGCGAAGUAGCCCAGAAGAUAUGGGAUGAAAUAGAUGCGCAUAUAUUCGAACGAUUCGGCUGGUCCGUCAUUGACAUUGUCACAAAUAAUCCUAAAACCAUGACGAUCCAUUUUGGAGGCAGACGAGGUCACCAGCUGCGUGAGAACUAUCUUUCAAUGGAGACCGAAAUUACCACGCCAGAUGGGCGCACAAUUCGAAAGACUUUGCUUCCUGGCCUCACGCGAGAUUCACAGUCCUACACCUUCUCCUGUCCCGCUGGUCUGCUAUUUUUCUCGAGCUUCGCGCAGCCAGCCAUUGUGUUGGUGGAAAAAAUCAUGUUUGAAGACAUGAAGAGUCGGGGGUUAGUUCCCUCGCAUUCAUUCUUUGCAGGACACUCGCUCGGCGAAUAUGGUGCCUUGCUCGCGUUUUCGGGGUUUAUGACAACCAAAGAGUUAAUGGAGCUUGCAUUCUAUCGUGGUUUAUCGCUGCAGUUCGCCAUGGAAAGAGAUGCAAAUGGAGAGACAAACUACGGCAUGAUAGCAGCCAAUCCACAGCGCGUAGGAAAAUUUUUCAACGAUGAAUCCUUGCGUCAAAUAGUUCACAUGAUUGCAACACAAAGCAACGAACUGAUCGAAACAGUCAACUUGAACGUGGAGAAUGAGCAAUAUGUUUGUGCAGGAACUUUACACAACCUGCAUGUUUUAGAAAAUGUGCUCAGCUAUCUAGCGUCAGAGCCCCAUGGGGCAGAAAUGUUGGGAGAAAUUAUGACAACAAAAGAUGACCUUGCUACAACCACAAUUGGUCAAAGAAUAUCUGGGAGUCUUCUAGAAGCACGCAAGCUGCCUAGCCCCAUCCGACUAAAGCGCGGCAAGGGGACAAUUCCAAUUCCGGGAAUUGACGUGCCUUUUCAUUCGUCUUUUCUCCGUCAAUCUGUGGCUUCGUAUCGCAAGAUCUUACAGCGGAGAAUCCCAGAAGAAAACGUGCGCCUGGAUCGUCUCCUCGGAAGGUGGAUCCCUAAUGUCAUGGCAAGGCCAUUCUCGAUUGAUGAGGAAUACUUGCAGGAAGCUCUGGAGUUGACUCAGAGUCCAAUUCUAGAUACGCCGGAUGUACGGAGGAAUGGGGAGCGGGUUCUAGCGGCAAUGUCGGUAUCUGGUCAUCAGUAUCAAGACUAUUCUCUGACAGCUAUUACCUGUUGCUCACGUCUAGGCAUUGGGGCCGCCAAGGGUAUGCGAUGA